AUGUGGAAUUCUGUUGUUGUCCUGUUGAUCGCCGCCGCAGCGUUGUUCUUGGCCGUCGGCGCUGAGGACCCGUACCUUUUCUUCACGUGGAAGGUCUCCUACGGCACUGCUGCUCCGUUGGGCGUCCCCCAGCGAGUGAUCCUCGUCGACGGCCAGUUCCCCGGCCCGAACAUCAACUCCACCACCAACAACAACAUCGUCAUCAAUGUCUUCAACGAGCUCGACGAGCCCUUCCUCUUCUCCUGGAACGGGAUUCAGCAGAGGAAGAACUCGUGGCAGGAUGGAGUGGCCGGAACCAACUGCCCCAUCGCGCCGGGGAAGAACUUCACUUACCAUUUUCAGGUGAAGGACCAGAUCGGUAGCUUCUACUACUUCCCCUCGCUGGGGAUGCAGAAGGCUGUCGGCGGCUUCGGCGGCCUCCGCGUGAACAGCCGCCUGCUCAUCCCUGUUCCGUUCGACCCCCCGGCCGAUGACUUCACCUUCCUCAUCAACGACUGGUACGCCAAGGAUCACAAGAGCCUCGCCAACGCCCUCGACGGCGGCCGCGGCAUCGGGGUUCCCGUCGGCGUCCUCAUCAACGGGAAGAACAGGGGAGACUCGCCCCUGUUCACGAUGGAGGCCGGGAAAGUGUACCGGUACAGAGUCUGCAACACCGGCACCAAGGCCUCCCUCAACUUCCGCAUCCAAGGCCACGUCUUGAAGCUGGUGGAGAUGGAGGGAUCGCACACGGUGCAGAACGACUACGCCUCCCUCGACCUCCACCUCGGCCAGUGCCUCUCGGUGCUCGUCGAGGCCGACCAGGCCCCCGCCGACUACUACGUCGUGGCAUCCUCCAGGUUCCUCAAGAAGGAGCUCACCGCAACGGCGAUCGUACGCUACGCGGGCUCCAACGGGGCGCCGCCGGCGCCGGAGGCGCUCCCCAAGGCGCCCGUCGGCUGGGCAUGGUCGCUCAACCAAUGGAGGUCGUUCCGGUGGAACCUCACCGCCAGCGCCGCCCGCCCCAAUCCUCAGGGCUCCUACCACUACGGCUCCAUCGACAUCGCCCGCACCAUCCGCCUCUCCAGCUCCCGCGCCGCCGCCGCCACCAGCAAGAAGCGCUUCGCGCUCAACGGCGUCUCCCACGUCGACUCCGCGACGCCGCUUAAACUCGCCGAGUACUUCUCCGUCGACGGAGUCUUCAAGUACAACCUGAUCGGCGACGUGCCGCCGCCUCCGGCGUCGAGCCCGACCACUCUCGCCCCCAACGUGAUCAAGAUCGAGCACAGGUCGUUCGUGGAGAUCAUCCUCGAGAAUCCAGAGAAGAGCAUGCAGGCCUACCACUUGGACGGCUACGCCUUCUUCCUCGUAGGGAUGGGGCCAGGGAAGUGGUCGGAGGCGAGCAGGAAGCACUACAACCUGAUGGACGCCGUCAGCAAGCACUCGGUGCAGGUGUUCCCGGGGUCUUGGUCGGCGAUCAUGGCGUCGUUCGACAACGUGGGGAUGUGGAACCUGAGGUCGGAGGUGUGGGAGCGGCGCUACCUGGGGCAGCAGCUCUACAUCAGCAUUGGAAACCUGGAGGAGUCGCUGAGGGACGAGUACAACGUACCGGAGAACGCCAUCAUCUGCGGCGGCGCUGUCGGCCGCCUCCUGCCGGCCCUCUACACUUGAUUCGUCGACGAUAGCAACCUCCUUAUUGAAGUAACGCUUAUUAUGCUUUUCCUGGUUAAUCAGCACGUGCGUGUAACGUGUGUUCCGCGCACAUGCGAAAUUCUUAAAAAUGAAAGAAUUCUUUUAUUUAAAAA